CUCAAGCUAUGCAAUUGUAGCAAAAACAUGGGUUUUGUGGUGACCAAGUCUAAACCUUUCUUAGUUGCCCCAUCAAAACCAACCCCUAGGGGGAAACUCCCUCUCUCUCCAAUUGACAAGAUCCAAAUUUUGAGAUCCUUACUUCUUUCAUAUAUACAUGUUUUCGCACACAGCGACGACGGCGGCAGCGUUGAGAUAGUUAACACGAUAAGACGGGCAAUAUCAGAAGCACUAGUUCUGUAUUACCCACUUGCAGGUCGACUCGUGGAUGUAGGGGACGGGGACCUCUCCAUUGAAUGCACUGGAGAAGGAAUAGGCUUCGUCGAGGCAUCGGCAGAUUGUAGCUUGGAGGAUGCGAAUUUCUUGGAGCACCCUUUCGUGAUCCCGUUGGAAGAGCUCGCAGUAGAUCAUCGUGGUUGGAGAGUAACCGAUCCUCCCGUCAUUAUGCAGGUAACCAAAUUCACCUGCGGCGGAUUCGCCGUCGGCUUUACAUGGCACCACUCACUCGCCGAUGGCACCGGAGCCGCGCAAUUCUUGAAUGCCGUAGGCGAGCUCGCCCGCGGCCUCCCACGCCCAACCGUCGACCCGGUUUGGGCCAGGGAUUCUCUACUCGAUCUUUGCCCGAAUAUCUCCUCAUUACCUUCAUCGACUCCGAACUUACUCGAGUUAGAGUGCUCCGAGCUGAACGUGCCCUUAGAUUACAUCAAUCAAACUAAGGAAAACUUCUUUCGACAAACCGGGCAAUCGUGCACCGCAUUUGACAUCGCCUUGGCCACAAUUUGGCAGUGUCGGACACGGGCGAUAGGCUUAGAACCUACCGAACCAGUGCGGGUGUAUUUCGCUGUGAAUGUUCGUGAAAUGCUACAAGCUCAACCUGGCUACUAUGGAAAUAGCAUUUUUUGCCAAACCGUCUCAUCAACCAGUCAGGAGAUCACAGAGGCGCCCACCGUCGAGAUUAUUAAAAUCAUUAGACAUGCCAAGGGUACGGUUUCGACCGAACUAGCUAAAUGGAAGAACGGUUCAUUGAAAGACUACCCUAUGGAGCAUGUCGAUCUUAGCUACAAUGCGUUUUACGCAACUUACUUGAAAUAUUUAGGGUUUGACCACGCCGAUUAUGGAUCAGGUAAGCUGGUUCGGAUGACCAUACAUAAUGAAUAUAAAUUCUCCCCCUUUUGCAUGCUAGGUUUACCGCAUACUCGGAAAAAUGGGGUUUAUAUAAGUGCGCGUAUUAUUAGGAAGGAACACUUAGAGGCAUUCCGCGAGGAAAUAAAGUUGCUUAAAUAAUUUGAAAGGAAAGAGGUUGUCAUCACCAAUAAUAAUAUGAAUGUUUUGUAUCGACGACUUAGUUCGAUCGCCUUGCGAUCGAAAAUUAUAUUAAUACUUCCUUUGUAAUUUUUAGGGAUAGAUUCUCUUACUCCCUCAAAGGAGUACAUGGCAUAUCUAUGUAUUUCGUUUGUAGCGCACACAAAAGAAAAAGGUUUGGUAAUUACUUGUGUUUA